AUGUCUCCCCGAGCCGUUUUAUGUCGGCAAUCUACAAACAGCUCCGAGGUAUCAGCCCCCCUCAGAUUUACAGACAAUGGAACGUUUCAAAUAUCCAUCUUCGAAGAUCUUCACUUCGGUGAGAAUGCAUGGGAUUCCUGGGGGCCAGAGCAGGAUGUCAACUCUACCAGGGUGGUAAACGAAAUUCUUGACGCCGAGUCGCCCGGCUUGGUUGUUUUCAAUGGCGAUCUGAUCACGGGUGAGAACACAUUCUACGAGAAUGGCACCAAGUAUCUCGACCAGAUCGUAGCCCCUUUGAUCUCACGUGGCCUCUCGUGGGCUUCCACUUACGGUAACCACGACUACUCGUUUAACGUGACGGGUGCCACCAUCUUCGCGCGAGAGCAUCUUUGGCCAAACGCACGUACUCAACAAAUGGUGUCCGACGCGAACGCGGGAGUGUCGAAUUACUACUUGCCCUUGUAUGAUGCCAAGUGCUCUGACGACGAUGAAUGUGCUCCUGAGUUGCUGCUUUGGUUCUUUGACAGUAGGGGAGGUUUCCUAUAUCAACAACUCGAUGUUGACGGUAACCAGGUUGGACAGCCAAACUGGGUAGACGAGAGUGUCGUCAACUGGUUCAAUGAGACCAACACGGAGAUGGUCCAAAGGUUCAACAAAACCAUUCCCUCAUUAGCCUUUGUGCAUAUUCCCACCAAUGCGUCCCUAGCGCUGCAAGAAGCGGGUGUUGAUGCACGCACAGAGCCUGGCAUUAAUGACGACGUCCCGCUCGCCCAGCAGGCCCAGGGGUGGUGUCCCAACGGCACUGACGAUCGCACCUGUGAGUACGGUGGCCAGGAUGUCCCAUUGAUGAAGGCCAUCACUUCGACGGCCGGCUUGAUGGCGGUCUUCUCUGGGCACGACCACGGCGAUACCUGGUGCUACAAGUGGAACUCACUGUUACCGGGUCUGUCGGUUACAGGAAAUGGUGUCAACCUAUGUUUUGGUCAGCAUUCUGGUUAUGGCGGCUACGGCAGUUGGGAGCGGGGCGCGAGGCAGGUUUUGAUUACCCAAUCCAAGUUAAAGGAUCUUGAGGUUGACACAUGGAUCCGUCUGGAGUCGGGCAACGUCGUUGGCAGUGUAUGUCUUAACUCUACCUAUGGCCAAGACACGUAUGCAGAGACGCCCGAUACUACCAAACAACAUGCCCUUGAAAGGCAAUAGGCUGGUACUCAUCAGUCUAUGAGGACUGUCUGGCUGUCAUGGCACCACCCAACCUCACACACCAUCACAGCGUGUGAAGGAUAUCAAUCAGCGUCUAGCUAGUAUCCGUGCAAUAUGUAUCUGAACCCAAUUGCAUACUAUGCAGUCCACAAGUUAGCUUGCCCAGCCAAGUUCAGACCGUUAAGAUAUGAAGAUUGGUAACCUGGAUCUGACCUCGCUUGGUGAAGCCAACAUGACCAUUUGCCUGCUCAAUG